UGUUCUAAUUUUCUAGCCAUACCAAAUGCUGGACGGGCCACAAAGAAUUUGCCGCCUUCAAGUAAACUUUUCCGCUGUGAGAUUUGCGGUUUUAGUUACAAGCACAAGGCCACUCUCACAAAGCACAUGAAAUUCCACCUUGGCCAAACUUAUUGUGACAUUUGCUGCAAAAGCCUUUCCACUGUGAAGAACCUUGAAAUGCACAUGAUCCUGACCCACAAAACAACCGGGGUAAAACGUACAUACCCCCUGGGAGAAUAUUUCCGAAAAAGCGCGUCGUCUUAUCAAUCGGAGCGCCCUCACGUUUGCGAUAUUUGCGGGGCUCGCUACAAGAACUACCGUCAUCUCGUCGACCACAAAAAGUCCCACACCUCGAAGACCUAUUGUGACAUCUGCAAUAAAAACUUGUCGACCGUGUCCAACUAUCACAUUCACAUGAUGUUCACCCAUAAGAUUUCUAAGAAAAAGAAACCCUACUUCGCAAUAGAGGAAUGCGCUCAGGCUCGCCGAAUGAUGACUCAUGAUACCGAAGAGUUGUGUAACUGGUUCACCAAUCCUUACCUUAACCAAAACCCGAUCAGAAAUAUGACAAGGCCGACGAUCAUCAUUCAUCAUUAUCCCUACGGAGGAUACUACCGAGGUAGGGUGUCUCAAAGUGAGGCGGAGCGGAGACACGAAUGCGACAUUUGCGGGGCCAGCUACAAAAACUACCGCCAUCUUGUCGACCACAAGAAAUCUCACACCUCCAAGACCUACUGCUACCUCUGUCACAAGAACCUGUCCACCGUCUCGCAUCUCAAGACACACAUGAUGCUCACUCACAAAGAACAUCCCGCGCUGUGGUCACGAUGCCUGCCAAUAGGUCAAUCGACGGACGGCCACCGUCCGACAGAUCCGGGGAAGAAGUUCUCGUGCAGAAUCUGUGGCUACUCGUACGCCAACGCCAACAGCCUGAGCAAGCACAUGAAAUCGCACACCGGUCAGACCGUCUGCAGGAUCUGCCGCAAAAUGUCCUCGACCUACCCCAACCUUCGCAGGCACAUGCUCAUGAUUCACAACAUUGCCGAGUAAUGUAGCGCCCUUUAUGACGCAGACAUCGCUCAAAAUGCUCCAAUUUUUUCACUCGAUGUUGAUCGACUUUUUUCCAUCAAGCUCCAUUUAUGUUUGAAGCCUAACAGCAUUCUUUCGAUUUUCCAAGUGUGUGAACGUGUUUUAUUCUUAAAUUUGUCAUUGUUAUAUUUCGUUUUGAUAUAAAGACCAUUUCAAGAGUUA